AUGUCCCUCCUACCUCCCGAAAUCCACGCCGCGCUAUCUCAGCUGCUCCGCGCCUUAACCACACCCGACAACACCGUCAGAUCCCAGGCGGAAGAUCAGCUUAACAAUGACUGGGUUCAGAACCGGCCAGAUGUCCUGUUGAUGGGACUGGCAGAGCAGCUCGGAGGCGCAGACGACACAAUGACCCGCGCGUUUGCCGCUGUCCUUUUCCGAAGAAUCGCAACAAAGACCCGCAAGGAUCCUGCCUCAGGUGACGCCAAGGAGGUUUUCUCGAGCCUUCCCAAUGAGCAGCGCAUCGCCAUUCGUGAGAAGCUGGUCGCCUGUCUGACGAGUGAGACCGUUACCGAUGUACGCAAGAAGAUUGGAGACGCACUGGCCGAGGUGGCUCGGCAAUACACCGACAAUGGCGAACAGUGGCCUGAACUCCUCGGCGUUCUCUUCCAGGCAAGCCAGAGCCCGGAAUCGAGCUUGCGGGAAACCGCAUACCGCGUGUUUACCACCACACCCGGUAUCAUUGAGAGGCAGCACGAAGAUGCUGUUGUGGAGGUCUUCAGCAAAGGCUUUAAGGAUGACAAUAUCUCCGUGCGGAUUUCCGCUAUGCAAGCGUUUGCUUCUUUGUUCCGGUCUCUCUCGAAGAAGUCCCAGCCGAAAUUCUUCGGCCUCAUGCCUGAUCUCCUCAACAUCCUUCCCCCUCUCAAGGAGUCAUCCGAGAGCGAGGAGCUUUCCUCGGCAUUGCUCGCCCUGAUUGAAUUGGCUGAGACUAGCCCAAAGAUGUUCAAGGCUAUGUUCAAUAACUUGGUCAAGUUCAGCAUCAGUGUCGUUGCCGACAAGGAGCUCAGUGACCAGGUCCGCCAGAACGCACUGGAACUGAUGGCUACCUUUGCCGAUUACGCCCCGAAUAUGUGCAAGAAGGAGCCAGAGUUCGCACAAGAAAUGGUCACGCAGUGCUUGAGUCUGAUGACUGAUGUCGGUGCGGAUGACGAUGAUGCGGAAGAAUGGAAUGCAUCUGAAGAUCUCGAACCCGAAGAAAACGACCUCAACCACAUCGCCGGUGAACAGUGCAUGGAUCGCCUUGCCAAUAAGCUCGGCGGACAGGCCAUCCUUCAGCCCGCCUUCUCUUGGAUUCCACGCAUGAUGUCGUCUACCAACUGGCGUGAUCGUCACGCCGCUUUGAUGGCCAUCUCCGCUAUCUCUGAGGGCUGUCGCGAUCUCAUGGUCGGCGAGCUCGACCAAGUCUUGGCAUUGGUUGUCCCUGCCCUGCAAGACCCCCACCCUCGAGUUCGCUAUGCAGGCUGUAAUGCUCUCGGUCAGAUGAGCACCGACUUUGCCGGAACUAUGCAGGAGAAGUACCACGAGAUCGUUCUCACCAACAUUAUUCCCGUUCUCGCCUCUACCGAGCCCCGUGUUCAGUCUCACGCUGCCGCCGCUCUCGUCAACUUCUGCGAGGAAGCAGAGCGCAGCACCCUGGAGCCGUACCUUGGAAAUCUUCUGAGUCACUUGCUGGAGCUCUUGCGCAGCCCUAAGCGUUACCUGCAGGAGCAGGCGCUGUCCACCAUUGCAACCAUUGCCGACUCUGCCGAGACCGCUUUCGAGCAAUACUACGCCACUCUGAUGCCCCUUCUACUCAAUGUUCUCCAGGAGGAACAGGGUAAGGAGUACCGCCUGCUCCGUGCCAAGGCCAUGGAGUGUGCUACUCUGAUCGCAUUGGCUGUCGGCAAGCAGAAGAUGGGCCAAGAUGCCCUCAACCUUGUGCAGAUUCUCGGACACAUCCAGCAAAACAUCGUCGACGCCGACGACCCACAAUCACAAUACCUUCUUCACUGCUGGGGCCGCAUGUGCCGCGUCCUUGGCCAAGACUUCGUGCCUUAUCUUCCUGGCGUUAUGCCGCCUCUUUUGACCGUGGCUGCUUCCAAGGCUGAUAUCCAACUAUUGGAUGAUGAAGAUCAAAUCGAGCAGGUUGAGCAGGAUGACGGCUGGGAGCUGGUUCCACUUAAGGGCAAGGUUAUCGGCAUCAAGACCAGUGCUCUCGAAGAUAAGAACACUGCUAUCGAGUUAAUCACGAUCUACGCCCAAAUUCUGGAGCAGAACUUUGAACCUUACGUUGUGGAAACCAUGGAGAAGAUCGCGGUCCCCGGUCUUGCCUUCUUCUUCCACGACCCCGUUCGAGUGUCCGCUGCCAAGUUGAUUCCCCAACUCCUUAACUCUUACAAGAAGGCGCACGGUAUCCAGUCGCCUGGCUUCGCUGAAAUGUGGAACAAGGUCGCCGAAAAGAUCAUCGAGGUUUUGAGUGCUGAGCCCACAGUUGACACUUUGGCCGAGAUGUACCAGUGCUUCUACGAGUCAGUUGAGGUUGUUGGCAGAAACUCCCUCACCCCUCAGCACUUGCAGGCGUUUAUUGAAUCAGCAAAGUCCACCCUCGAGGAUUAUCAGAUGCGCGUGAAGCAACGAUUGGAGGAUCAGGCCGAGCUUGAAGAGGGCGACGAGGAGAGCCUGGAAUAUGAGUAUGCCGUUGAGGAUGACCAGAACUUACUGAGUGAUAUGAACAAGGCAUUCCACACCAUUUUCAAGAACCAGGGUAACUCGUUCCUGCCAACCUGGCAGCAACUGAUCCCAUUCUACGAUGCAUUCAUUACAAGCCAAGAUCCCACACAGCGGCAAUGGGCUCUUUGCAUCAUGGACGAUGUGCUUGAGUUCUGUGGUGAAGAGUCAUGGACAUACAAAGACCACAUCAUGCAGCCCUUGGCUUCCGGUCUGCAGGAUGAGAACGCUGCCAACCGUCAGGCAGCGGCAUACGGAGUGGGUGUGGCCGCACAGAAGGGCGGUGCCGCCUGGAGCGAUUUCGUGGCAGCCAGUCUCCCCAGCUUGUUCCAGAUUACACAGCAUGCACAAUCCCGCACCGAGGAGAAUGUGUUCGCAACCGAGAACGCAUCUGCCAGUAUCGCCAAGAUUCUGCACUACAACGCAUCUAAGGUUCAAGCUCCUCAGGAUAUCGUGACCAACUGGAUCGAGACCUUGCCCAUCACCUACGAUGAAGAGGCUGCCCCCUAUGCCUAUUCCUUUAUCGCACAGUUGAUUGACCAACAAAACCCGGCUGUCUUUGCCAAGGCUGAUCGUGUGUUUGGUUUCAUUGUGCAGGCACUCGAGGCUGCUACCCUGCAGGGUCAGACUGCCAUCCGGGUGGCUACAUCUGCCAAGCAGCUGGUGGCAGUGACCGGCGCAAAUGCAGACCAGAUUCUGGCUUCUGUCGACCCGGCCAGCCAGGAGCGCGUCCGCAAGUUCUUCCAAUAA